CAAUUUUCCCCUUGACGUUUUCUGUUUCCCCCAAGAAUUUCCCGGGAAAGAAAAAAAAAAGGAAAGUGAGAACAAAAAGAAAAACAGAAAGGAUUUCAUUUUCUACGCAAAUCUCGAAUCCUGGAGGAACGAAAAAGCAAGAGAAUCAAAUCAACCAUGGAGGAAGAUCCUCCAGGGAGUAGUCAAACGGGGAAGACGGCUCCUCAGCUGAAUCUCCCACCGUCGAUGAAUCGACCGACGGUCUCACUCGAGACCCGAAUCAACCGUUUAAUCGAUUCCAACCAUUAUUGCUCUCCGUCUAAGCCUAUCUACUCCGAUAGGUUUAUUCCGAGUAGAUCCGGUUCUAAUUUCGCGCUUUUCGGCCUCGAACCGUCGCCGAAUAAGGACGGGAAGGAAGAAGCGGCGGGUUCUUACGCCGGUAUGUUGCGAGCCGCUCUUUUCGGGCCGGAGACGCCGGAGAAGAGAGAUGUCGUUGCUGGGUUCUCUCCGUCGCGGAAUAUUUUCCGGUAUAAGACGGAGACGCAGCGGCCAGUGAACUCGUUCUCGCCUUUUGGCUCUGAUGAGUCCCCUGGUGUUAGCCCUAGCCCCGUUAAGUCGCCGAGGAAGAUUGUUAGGUCGGCUUAUAAGGUAUUGGAUGCGCCUGCUCUGCAAGAUGAUUUUUACUUGAAUCUCGUGGAUUGGUCUGCACAAAAUGUUCUUGCGGUUGGAUUAGGGAACUGCGUUUAUUUGUGGAAUGCUUCUAGUAGCAAGGUAACUAAGUUAUGCGAUCUCGGGGUCGAUGACGUUUGCUCAGUCGGAUGGUCUCUACGUGGAACACAUUUGGCGAUUGGAACUAGUAGUGGAACUGUAGAGAUCUGGGAUGCGCCUCGCUGCAAGAGAAUAAGAACAAUGGAAGGUCAUCGACUACGAGUUGGAGCUUUGGCAUGGAGCUCAUCGGUUCUGUCUUCUGGCAGCAGAGACAAGAGUAUACUACACAGAGACAUUCGGUCUCAGGAAGAUCAUAUCAGCAAGCUAACAGGUCACAAAUCCGAAGUCUGUGGACUCAAAUGGUCUUGUGACAACCGGGAGCUAGCAUCAGGCGGAAACGACAAUAAGCUUUUUGUAUGGAACCAACAUUCAACGCAUCCGGUUUUGAGAUACUGUGAACACACAGCAGCGGUUAAAGCCAUCGCUUGGUCCCCGCAUCUUCACGGAGUUCUUGCUUCAGGUGGUGGCACUGCUGAUAGAUGCAUCCGUUUCUGGAACACGACAACGAACACUCAUUUAAGUUGCGUAGACACUAACAGUCAGGUGUGUAAUUUGGUUUGGUCUAAGAACGUGAACGAGCUUGUGAGUACUCAUGGAUACUCCCAAAACCAAAUCAUCGUUUGGAAAUACCCAACCAUGUCUAAAUUAGCAACUCUCACGGGUCACACGUUUCGCGUUCUGUACCUUGCGGUAUCACCAGAUGGACAGACGAUCGUGACAGGAGCAGGAGAUGAAACCUUAAGAUUCUGGAAUGUCUUCCCUUCCCCGAAAUCUCAGGACAGGGAGGGCAAAAUCGGGGCAUCGUCCUUCGGUGGUAGAACAACGAUUCGGUGACAUCUUGAGGUGAUUCUUCCCUCUAGUUGGUCGUCCUAACCAAACCUCCCAUAGAGUUUGUUCAUUGAGGAUGCAGAAAUUAGUAGAAAUUAGUAGAAAGUAGAAACAGAUUCUAUUUAAGUUCUUUUUAGUGUGAUCUGGGUUUCUUUAGAUUUUUCCUUCUCCGAUGUAUUAUAGAUUGGAUUUUUCUGUAUAUAUAAUAAUUUUUCCUGAAACUUUUGAUUUACACCAAAGAGAGUGUAGAAUGCAGAUUUCCUCCUUGCCAGAUGAACUUUAUUCUUGUAGAACAGUCAACGAACGUUAUUGUGAUUUUCAAUCACUCUAUAGUUAGCUACUUUUCAACCUAAG